AUAACAUGUUUAUGUCUAAUCACAUGGUGAUACAGUUUAGAUAAAUGCCAAAUUCUGAGUCAUUUAAAACAAAAAAAUCAAGUAAACAAAUUGAACAACCCCCUUCCAGCCCACCGCUUCUCUCUCAUUCUCUGUCUACUUACACAACGAUAAUGAUAUCAAAGGGAGUUAAAACAUAAAGCGUAUGGUGUUAGCAGAAAACAAUCACUUAGAGUUUACUAUAAAUACUGCUUUUCUAACGCUUAUCUUCUAAAGAAAAGUACACUAGUUAACCUGAUACCUAUUUAAGCUCAGAAAACAUUUUACACCUUGAACAUAUAUGAAAUCAUACUUCAAUGCUACUAUUGUGUGUUAUUAGCUUUUUGUUUCGUCUAACACUCUGCCAAAAUGAAUGGAAUCAAGAUUUAGCCACUUUAUUGGAAAUGCAUAACGGGUAUCGUCAAGAUGCUCUCAACUGCAAGAUACCAGGACAACCGGCAGCCAAGCAAAUGCCUACCCUUCUUUGGGACUAUGACCUCGCAAGACAAGCAAAAAGAUUAUCAGAUACAUGUCGAUUUGAAUUCGAUUCACCUACAUCCAAGAAAUUUAAAAAGGUCGGGCAAAAUAUAGCAGGUUAUCCAAGUGUUAAAGAUGCUAUGCAGUCGUGGUUUGGUGAAUAUGUGAACUACAACUUUGACAGUCACUCGGGUGUGGAUAAGUCUGGAAAUUACCUUCAGAUAGUUAGUGCCAAAACAACAGAAAUGGGAUGUGGCGUUACUAGGUGUAAAGGCAGAAAUGGUUUCAAAUAUGAUUUAUUUGUAGUUUGUAAUUAUGGAGAAGGAGCAGACUUCUCCCAGAGACCAUAUGAAAAAGAUCCCAACAAAAAGUGUCAACAACAACUCGUACCAUCUGUCAAGCCUACACAUGGUAAAUGGCAUGCCACUUAUGGUACAAUGGAAUUCAAUAGAAAAAACUGUUAUUGUUACAAAUAAAUCUACUAUGAUAUUAUUUAUCGUUCACUAUGUUUCAUAUUUUGUAUUUAAAAUAAAUGUUGUCAUGACAAAA